UUGCCUCAACAAAAAUGGCCGAUUGGGCCGUCUUGCUUCUUCUUCCGCUCAGCGUGACACAGACCAAUCAGAAUCGACUCAAGCUCUUCGUUACAGCCAAUCGACUGGAGGAUUUGCUCUUCUCGAAAACAUGUCGCCCAUGAAGCUGUGUGUUCCAGGUGACAAGCUCUGCAGCACAGAAGACUGUAUUCCCGGCACAGGAGUAUAUCUGCGACACGGCUGCAUUUACUCCUCACUCACAGGCUAUGUGCUUAAGAAAAACGAAGGCGAGGAGUUACCAGUGAUCUCGGUUGUGCGGGAAACAGAAACACAACUACUACCAGAUGUAGGAGCAAUAGUCACCUGUAAGGUGACCAGCAUUAACCCCAGGUUCGCAAAAGUCCAUAUCCUUUAUGUAGGCUCCACACCGCUGAAGGACCGCUUCAGAGGAACAAUCAGGAAAGAAGAUGUGCGCGCGACAGAGAAAGACAAGGUGGAGACGUACAAAAGCUUCCGACCUGGCGACAUAGUCUUGGCCAAAGUUAUUUCUCUCGGAGACGUGCAGUCUAACUACCUGUUGACAACGGCAGAGAACGAACUGGGGGUGGUGGUGGCACACAGUGAAGCAGGUGCCCAGAUGGUUCCCAUCAGCUGGUGUGAGAUGCAGUGCCCGCAGACGCACAGCAAAGAAUUCCGCAAAGUUGCGCGAGUGCAGCCGGAGUUUCUACAGGCAUGAUGAGACAACAUAUUUCUCCACAAGGAACACACAGCUUCACCUCUCUCUUUCACUCACUGAACAAAAAGCCUCACAAGUUUUGCUUUCUGAAAGAUUUUAUUAGUGAGUACUGUCGGCUAAUUCUAUUUUUUCAUAGCUCUCUGGACAUGAUUUGAUUGGUCCAGCUAGAAUACACUGAAUCAGCGUCAGGCAUAUUCUAAACAAUGUAGUGUCUGUUGUAAGAGGCAUUUUUAGCUCAGUGCACGCAUCAGCAACAUUAGUUAUUAAAGUUGCCUUUCAAUUGCUUGAUGGCAACCCUGGCUGACUUAGUAAGUUACAUUGUAGCUGCGCAAUUUUGUGAGUGUCCACUAUGUUGAAAAGUGUAAGAAAGUUCUGUUUCACAAAGGCAGCAUUGACUCAGUUUUGCAAGUAUUAUGGCCGAUGAUCAGGUGACUCUGAGGAUGAAGCAGUUGGUGCAAACACAGAUUUGUAACCAGAAAUGAUUUAAAGUGGCUGUUAUUGGUCUGAAAGUAAACUGAUUUGACCAAAAAUGCUGCACUUUGAAAUGUAUUGUCAACUUUUAUUUUGUACAAUAAAGUAACAAAAACAUCCA